AUGUUGAGAAGUGGGCGCGGUGGCCGUCACAGUCCAGAGCUGUAUCCCCACACACUCAAGUGCUCUAAUGCCAGUGACACUAGCUCUGCAUACAGUGGCAGUGACACUAUGACUUCAGUACACAGUUCUUUAGAUAUGGAUAUGGAGGUUGACCUGUCGGGACUCUUAGAGUCCAUUGUUGAUUCUGAUGAGGAGGAGGAUUUAGAGGAAAGCAUGGACAGCCUGACUGUUCGUGAUGCAGUAAGAGAGUGUCUUGAAAAAGAUCCAAGUGAAAGAACAGAUGAUGACAUAGAAAUCCUUCUUGAAUUUACACAGCAUUUGAAAGCUUUUACUAACAUGACACUAACUGUAAGAAGAGCUCUUUGUGCUGUUAUGGUUUUUGCAGUUGUAGAAAAGGCUGAAACUGUUGUUAUGAAUGAUGGUGAAGAACAUGAUUCAUGGUCAGUUCUCAUAAAUGGCCAAGUCGGUAUCGAACAUCAGAACGGGGAAAUAGAAUAUCUAAAUGUUGGAGACAGUUUUGGUAUGGCAGAAGCUACUUUAGAAAAAUUGUAUCAUAGAGGUGUUAUGACUACUAGAUGUGAUGACUGUCAAUUUGUUUGUGUAACUCAAACUGAUUAUUAUCGUAUUUUGCAUCAAGGUGAAGAAAAUAUAAGACGUCAUGAAAAUGAGAAUGGUGUAGUAGUCUUAGUAACCGAGUAUAGGGGAGCUGCAGGAGAACAAGGACAUGUAGUCAUUAGAGGCACACCUGAACAUUUAAUGUUACAGCUCAUUGAAGACAACUCGCGUGAUUCUACUUAUGUUGAAGAUUUUUUGUUGACUCACAGAACUUUUAUAGAAAGUCCUCUGGUUGUUGCCAAACAAUUGCUUGCCUGGUUUGUUGAACCAUCAGUCCGUGAUAAAGUUACACGGGUUGUGUUAUUGUGGGUAAAUAAUCAUUUUACAGACUUUGAAACUGAUCCUAAUAUGAUGGAGUUUUUAGAAAAUUUUGAAACAGCUUUGGAACGUGAAAAAAUGGAAAGCCAACUGAAUUUGUUGAAUAUAGCUUGUUCUGCUAAGGCGAGAACUCGAAAUGUUACAUUGUCACGCCCUUCAAGAGAUGAACCUCUUAACUUCACCAUAUUGGGUGGCUAUGAGAGAAGAUUUGGAAUAUUUGUUUUAAAAGUAGAAAAACACUCUAAGGCUGAAGAUGUAGGAUUAAAAAGGGGAGAUCAAAUUAUAGAGGUAAAUUGUCAAUCCUUUCAACAUGUCAGUCACGCAAAAGCAAUGGAAAUUUUAACAGGAUCAACACACUUAAGCAUCACAGUAAAAAGUAAUUUAUUAGCUUUUAAACAUAUGCUAUCAAUGCCUGAAAACUCUCCUAGGCAGAGAGGAUGUGCCAACAUGGUUCGUUGGCAAACAGAUCCUAGAGUAAGAUUAUCCACUGCUGAGUUACUAAGUGAUGAUCCUAUUACCCUUACACCAGUCUUUCAAUCUCCUACCAAAAAACCUCAACAACUUAAUAUUAAGAAAGAAACACAAAAAGGUUUUAUGACCCUAGGUCCUAAAAGAAGACUACAAAAAGCUUUAAUGAAAAUGAACAUUCUACCAAAAAAUACUAUUACUGAUGGAAUUCACAGUGAUGAUAGUAUCCUCUCGAAUUCAGAAUCUUUAAAUAAAGCUACUGGCACCUCAUUCUAUAAUUCUCAUAGUAAUCCUGACUUAAUAUCUAUAUGUUAUGACGAUUACCAAUCAUCAGAUUAUCCGGAACAUGUACUAAAAGUAUAUAGAGGUGAUCAAACUUGCAAAUAUUUACUGGUUCAUAAGGAAACAACAGCUAGGGAAGUUGUAAUGCUUACUUUACAGGAAUUUGGCAUAACUGAACCCAGUUCAAACUUUUCUCUUUGUGAAGUGUCCGUAGCACAAGGAGGUAUCAUAAAGCAACAUAGGCUGCCCGAUCAGCUACAAAAUCUUGCUGAGCGUAUUGGUCUUAGUUCCAGAUACUAUUUGAAAACAAAUGGUGUGAGUGAAACUUUAGUACUUGAUGAAAUGGCACCAGAACUACUUAGAGAAAGUGUAGUACAUUUUUUACAACUGAAUGCAGUUGAAGUUGCUGUUCAAUUAACUUUGCAAGAUUUUUGUAUAUUUCGACAAAUAGAAAGCACAGAAUAUGUUGAUGAUCUCUUUGAAUUAAAAAGUAGGUAUGGUACACCUAUGUUGUCACAGUUUUCAGGACUGGUAAACAAAGAAAUGUUUUGGGUAGUCACUGAAGUAGUCAACGAGCAGAAUAUUGUCAGAAGGUCAAAAAUCAUAAAACAGUUCAUAAAAGUAGCUCGGCAUUGUAAAGAAUGCAAAAAUUUUAAUUCAAUGUUUGCUAUUAUAUCUGGUUUAGGACAUGGUGCCGUAUCUAGACUCAGAAUGACUUGGGAAAAAUUACCUACAAAAUAUAACAAACUUUUCUUUGAUUUGCAAAGUCUUAUGGACCCUUCACGAAAUAUGUCUAAGUACCGACAAUUAGUUACAACUGAACAGGGAAGAUCUCCAGUUAUUCCAUUUUAUCCUGUUGUAAGGAAAGAUUUAACAUUUAUACACCUCGGUAAUGAUACAAAAGUUGAAGGAAUGGUUAAUUUCGAGAAACUGCGAAUGAUAGCUAAGGAGGUGAGGACACUCACAAAUAUGUGUAAUGCUCCAUAUGAUCUUCUCACACUUUUAGAAUUAGGAAAACAACCACCUUCAAAUGCCAUGGUAGCAUUGAAUCAACUCACAACAGGUGUGCAGCAAGGUCAAGUAACUGUGAAAAGAAGGAAAAAGUCAUCAAAUGUUCCCAAUCCUAAAAAAAUGUUUGAAGAAGCACAAAUGGUACGUCGCGUCAAAGCAUAUCUCAAUCGGAUGCAUGUUGAAACGGAUGAAGAACGACUUCAUGCUUUGUCGUUAGAAUGCGAAGGUUCUGGACCGGCGCCAACAGUACCACGCCGCCGACAUCCUUCGCCGUCUUUGUCAACAACCAGCAGUGCCUCUUCAGCUAGUGAAAGUAAGAAGAGCUUUGCUGGUAAUAAAUUUGGAGCUGCUUCCCCUCAAGCAGUUCGAAAAUUGUUAGCUUUAUCCGAGCCUGCUAAAACUAGGCCUCAUCAACCUAGACCACCGCCGCCAGGUCCGUCUCCAUGUUCGCACCGACGCGAUGGGCCUGGAACUGGUAUAUGCUGUUCGCGUGCGGCACAUGAGAGAUCACACUCUGAUACACCGACCCCAUUACCAGUCGAUUUAUCAGCAGAAAGUAGUAGUGUGACAUCUUUAGUAAACUUGCCAUUAAGAAAAACUGGUUCGGCUACUUCAAGUGACAGCGGACACGGAUCAUGUACGACGGCUCAUUGCGUAAGGCCGGUUCCCCCGCCUCGAAUGCCCUAUACUCUAGCGGCACAGGUAGCGCGUCUUGAACGGCUAAGUCGUGCACAUUCACACGAAGGCGUCACUCGGCCUUAUGAUUAUUAUCACGAUGCGCCAGAUGACGAAGAUGACGAUCAGCAGGUUUCUGCUGUUUGAAGUUUUAAAUACUCUUUAUCAAUAUCUAUUUAUAUAGAAGAUUUGUAAUCUCACUUGAAGAAUAGAAAGCACGAAUUACAUACAUUUUUAUUAUACAUUAAUAUUUAAAUCAUGUAUGUACCCUUUACAAUUAAGUUUAAAGACUGUAUAAUUUUAACAUUUUAUUAAACCUAUCCUAGUGUUAUAUAGAGUAAAAUUAAUAUGCUAUAA